AUGGACUUCCAUCUACUCGACAGUGUAUUCAAUGAGGCCGGAAUUACCGAGACCAAGUCAAAAAGGUAUUGGAUGAUGGAUCAACGCGACAGACCUAGCUUUCCGGCAUCAAGUCUUGAGCACGAUCGAAGGAACCGAGUUUGGAAAAGAGAAGCAGAAUUGGCUGAAUCAAAUGCUUGUCCCCUUAAAAGCCUUUCCUAUUUGGAAAGAAACCUGGCAAUAUCAAAUACAGAAAGUCCUCAACUCAGAGAUUUUUUGAAUAAGGCAGGAGUCGGACAACUUGAGAAAGUCUUCGUUCAACACUUGGGACCCUGUAAUCCAGGUGAGAUCACAUUAGACAGUUUAGACACUGAAAUAUAUCAAAACAUAAUCAUACUUUAA